CAAUCAAUCCUCAGUGAGUGUGCUCCCACGACAUCUCUGCACGUCAUUUUGGACAACGACCAAAGUAGCUUCAGUUCAUGCUUUACACGCUCAGGUUUUGUGUGCCAUGACUGUACAUCCCGCGAAAAACACAGUGCACCAAUCUAUUGUGCAAAUUGCAGCCUAUGUCCAGUUGGUACCUACUCGUGUACUGAUGGAUCCCGCUGUCUACCGUGUUCUGCAGGUAACGAGAAGAAACAAUUACUUUAUCGUUGAUAUAAGUAUCGUAAAAAGACAAGUAAUAAGGAAUCACUUUAUUUGUCUGGCUAGAUCAUUAUAUCUAGUCAUUAUUCUUUCCUUUAUGUAUUUUUUUAACUUUGGAGAUGUCUUAUGCAAUUAAACGAUGCUGGUAUACUGUGUUAUGGCUUACUCUACGGUAUACUUCUUUUAUCACGAGUGAAUUGGAAACCAACAAUAAUUUUGAUAAUUCAAUGUAAUAGUUGAUUCUCCUUUAUAUGCUCAGACAAUCCACCCGUAGAACCGUAUCCAUGUUCUAUGAUAUCUUCACAGGGGGUUUUUAUCAGGAUGAAAUGGGACAAGAUGAUUGCAAAAGAUGCAGCAUUGGUACAUUUGUUUCUGAACAGCGAAGUCCUGGAACUACAGCUGCCGACUGCGUGGCAUGUCCAUACGGUAACUUUUGUGUUUGCUUUGGCUGAACUGCAACUUUUUUCCAAUUCAAAUGCGCUUUUAAAGAAUAAUGCGAAGCGAUUGAUUCAACCUUUGGCAAGCUCCAUCACCAAUUUUAGUUCAAUACACAAAACACAUUCAUCUAAAAUGGAUUAUCCGGAGGAUCCAUCUUGAAAUGCAUAAGCCGAGAGUACUCGUUUGAUUGUUUGUUUAGAGGGGAAUCCAAACAUGUCUUAUUUGGAAGAUAAUAGUCAUUCAAUUCACAAGUGAUAUCAUGUGCAAACGCAGAGAAAAGAGAAAAUGCGUUCGUGGAAAAGCCCUUCUGUCAAUGUUUUGUUGUUUCUAUAGAUAGGGUUCGACAUUUUGCGAAGUGAUUGCUUAAAAAUGAACCAUUCUUUUUCAGGUACGCUUUCUAACGAGACUGCCGAACAUCGUGCAUGCAGAUGCCUACGCAACUUCUAUCGGUUGGAUCGCUUUGGCCCGUGCACAGCAUGUCCGCCAAUCGGUUUUGUUUGUGAGAAAGAUACAGCAAUACUUGCUCCUAACUACUUCUGGAAAUGGUCCAAUCAGUCCGAAAAAGAGCGUUUCAAAGGUUUUGUUAACAAUAUCCAUUCUAAUGGAUCAGACUACAACAAGUCCUUUUCAAUGUUCAAUACUUCACUUCCGAAGCCACUCAAAUGUCCCCAUGCAAAGUCUUGCAAGGGUGGAAUUGAUUCAGAUUGCCAUCAAGGAUAUCAAGGGAAUUUGUGUGCAACGUGCUCUGAGAGCUUCUAUUUUCGCUUCAACUCUUGUUUGAAAUGUCCCCGGUUAGCUGUAACAAUAUCUUCAUCCAUCCUGGUAAUUGUUCUUUUUGUUGCUGUGUUUCUAAUUGUUCUUUGGGGUGACUCCAAACGUGCAGACAAUAACCGGACAGUUGCAGAUGUCGUCAUGUCGUGCUUUAAGAUUGUGAUUGGUUUUUACCAAGUCAUUGCCGGUAUUUUCUCGGCAUUGGCUAAAGUUCAAUGGCCAGUCGUUUUGAUCUCAACGGAGAAGUUUCUAAAAGUGUUUGAAGGGAACAUCUUGCAGUUUGCCCCUCUUAGUUGCAUUCAUACUUCUCUACGGCUUGACGAGCUUGGAAAGUUCACGAUGAUUGUUGUCAUGAAUGUCUCACUCAUUGGCUUGAUUUUCUUAUAUUUAUUUCUUAAAAAACGCUACAUCAUGAAAAAGAAGGACCUUGGUGAAGACCGGAAAGUAACGGAAGUUAAGAGUUUGAAAAAAUCUUGCUAUCGGAACAUUUUCCUAUUAUUGUUGACGACCUACCCCACGACGAGCAAAUCGAUAAUUCAGAUUCUACCUCUUCCCGGUGUAUGUAUAGAAACAUGUUUCACAGACGACAAGAACGACUGUAUCUCCCUACUGAGAGCUGACUACUCCAUCAAGUGUUUCACUCCUCGCCACCGUUUGUUUUGGCUCAUGGCUUCUAUUUUGGCAUUAUAUCCCGUGGGAUUUCCACUUCUGGUUCUGUUUCUCACUUACAAAUAUCGUGAAUCCCAGGAAUACGAAGCCAUUUCUUUCGGACUCAGAGUGUUCUUUGAAAACUACAAGAAUGAAUUUUGGUUCUGGGAAAUCACAGAGAUGUAUCGCAAGCUCAUUUUAACCUCAUUGAUUUUUCUUUUUGGAUCAAAGAGCCUUUCUCAAAUCGGUCUCACAGUUCUGACAGUCAGCGUCUUUGGAGUGGUCUACACCUUAUUCCGACCAAUCAAGGACAAGUUUGAAGAUUGCUUACAAACAUUUGUUCUUUGGAUAAUUUUCUUUGACGUUUGUCUUGGUGCAGUUUACACAAACUGGGAUGAGAGUCAAGGAGAGGGCAAGAACGAUUCCACCUUUGUAAAUGUCGUGUUCGUGGUCCUUAACGCCUCUGUAUUGUUGCUUGCCAUUGGUAAGUCAAAAUGCUGCUCUGUUUUAUUCGAUGUGCAUUUUAGUCAUUUGCGAAAUAAAUCAAGGAAAGGACCUUGAUUUUGAUGGAUUGUGGUGGUUUUCUCAAUCCCCAAGUUUUUUCGUUUUCCGCGCAAUUAUGAUAUAAUUGUGAUAAAAUCAUAAAUUAGCCUUAUUCAGGUUAUUUAGGAUAUUUGACGCUCUAUAACACUGGCUCAUACAGUAGUAAUCUUAAGGCAGAUCGCGAUGUUUGAUCAAUUCUUCUCGCAGGUUAAUUCUUCCUGUAAGUGGAAUUUUGAGACUUUGUAAUCCUGACAGGUUUUUAGGAUGUAGUUUACAAAAUUAUACCUAUGGAAGCUGCCAAGGAGGGAGAAUUUGAGUUAUUUUCUUUAUUAAUCUCAUGUAGUAUUCCAACAUUAGAGAGUAUAAGUAGAAUACAGAAAACUAAAAGAUAGAGUUGCGAUCUUAGGGAAAAAUCCAAAUCGUUUUGUGAACGAAAUGUCAACACUCAUUCUCAAAACGCUUCUUAGCAAGAGCGAAAAUAAAGACAAAUUUCAGAAAAAGGGACACCUUACCGUUUUUAACGCUUUCGAGUAAGAUUUCAACUACAUGUAUAAAUGAUGAACUCCCUCUUUUUUUUCUACUUCAUAGGAAACGGAAUUCUACAUGUGAAGUCAAUUUGGCAGUACGUUACCUUCAACCCGAUCCGAUGUUUCAGCUUCCUUCGUCAGGGAGUAUCACGUCUCAAGAAUAGAGUGGUCACAAGAACGGGAACAUCCGAGGAACUUUCACACUUGAUUAAAGAAAGCAACUCAAGAACUUCCCCGAAAUAUUUGUCUUAG